UGUGCCGGGGGGCUCGUCAUCACGACAGCCGCCUCGGUCCGCUCCUGUGCGGUUCCCCAUCUCGCGCUCUCCCGCUCCCCCCUCGGAAGUGGGACAGAGGGGAAGGCCCGACUGGUGGUGCCGGCGUCUGUUCUCGGUCGUAGGCGGCCAUGUCGGCCGGGGAGGUGGAGCGGCUGGUGUCGGAGCUGAGCGGCGGCACCGGCGGGGAUGAGGAGGAAGAGUGGCUCUAUGGCGAUGAAAAUGAAGUUGAAAGGCCAGAAGAAGAAAAUGCCAGUGCUAAUCCUCCAUCUGGAAUUGAAGAUGAAACUGCAGAAAAUGGGAUAUCAAAACCAAAGGUGACUGAAACUGAAGAUGAUAGUGAGAGUGACAGUGAUGAUGAUGAAGAUGAUGUUCAUGUUACCAUUGGUGAUAUUAAAACUGGAGCACCUCAGUAUGGGAGCUAUGGUACAGCACCUGUAAAUCUUAAUAUCAAGACAGGAGGAAGAGUUUAUGGAGCUGCAGGGACAAAAGUCAAAGGUGUAGACCUUGAUGCACCUGGAAGCAUUAAUGGAGUUCCACUAUUAGAAGUAGAUUUAGAUUCUUUUGAAGAUAAACCAUGGCGGAAACCAGGUGCUGAUCUUUCUGAUUACUUUAAUUAUGGUUUUAAUGAAGAUACAUGGAAAGCUUACUGUGAAAAACAAAAGAGGAUACGAAUGGGACUUGAAUUAAUACCAAAUAAAAUUACGGCCGAAGACUAUACUAUGGAAGUUACACCAGGUGCAGAGAUCCAAGAUGGCAGAUACAAUCUUUUUAAGGUACAGCAGGGCAGAACUGGAAAUGCAGAGAAGGAGACAGUGCUACAGUCUGCCAAAGCUGAAUUUACAUCUCCUCCUUCUCUAUUCAAAACAGGACUUCCUCCAAGCAGAAACAGCGCCUCUUCUCAGUCUCAGACAAGUUCUGCCUCCAGAAAAGCCAAUUCAGGCAUCGGGAAGUGGCAGGAUCGAUAUGGGAGGGCCGAAUCACCUGACUUAAGGAGAUUAUCUGGCACAAUAGAUGUCAUUGGGCAGACUAUCACUAUUAGCCGGGUAGAAGGAAGAAGGCGUGCAAAUGAAAAUAGCAACAUCCAGGUUCUUUCCGAACGAUCUGCUGCUGAAGUAGACAACAAUUUUAGCAAACCACCUCCAUUUUUCCCUCCAGGAGCUCCUCCUACUCAUCUCCCACCACCUCCAUUUCUUCCUCCUCCUCCAACUGUCAGCACUGCUCCACCUCUUAUUCCCCCCCCAGGUAUUCCAAUAACUGUACCACCUCCAGGUUUUCCUCCUCCCCCAGGAGCUCCUCCUCCAUCUCUUAUACCAACAAUAGAAAGUGGACAUUCUUCUGGAUAUGAUAGUCGUUCUGCUCGGGCAUUUCCAUACGGCAAUGUUGCUUUUCCUCAUCUUCCUGGUUCUGCUCCUUCAUGGCCUAGUCUUGUUGACACCACCAAGCAGUGGGACUACUAUGCCAGGAGAGAGAAAGAUCGAGAGCGAGAGAGAGAACGAGACCGAGAGAGAGAUCGUGAUCGUGAUAGGGAAAGAGAACGGACCAGAGAGAGAGAGCGAGAACGUGAUCACAGCCCAACACCAAGUGUAUUCAACAGUGAUGAAGAACAACGAUACAGAUACAGAGAAUACACAGAAAGAGGCUAUGAGCGUCACAGAGCAAGUCGAGAAAAAGAAGAACGGCACAGGGAAAGGAGACACAGGGAAAAAGAGGAGACGAGACACAAGUCUUCUCGAAGUAAUAGCAGACGACGCCAUGAAAGUGAAGAAGGGGACAGUCACAGGAGACAUAAACACAAAAAAUCAAAAAGAAGCAAAGAAGGAAAGGAAGCUGGUAAUGAACCUGCCCCUGAGCAGGAGAGCACUGAGGCCACCCCUGCUGAGUAAGCCAGUAGUGCUUGCAUUAACGCCAGAAACUGGCUGCUUUAAAUCUUGUUAUUUUUUCUGGAUAAUGUUUAAGAAAUUUCUGCUUAAUCUUGUUCUGUUAGCAUAAAGAUAAAAGGUUAAAUUUUUUUUUCCAAAAUAAAAGUGAAUUUUUCAUGUCAA